AUGGAGUCCUUACAGCGUUUGUUACAGGGAGCACGCAUGGGUGCUGGUGUCAUGGGCGACCAGCCUCUUGUUGAUAAUUCGGAAUGCGUUUAUAUCUCGUCCCUCGCGCUUCUGAAAAUGCUUCGUCACGGUCGCCACGGUACUCCCAUGGAAGUUAUGGGUUUGAUGUUGGGCGAAUUCGUGGACGAUUUUACUGUUCGUGUCGUUGAUGUGUUUGCCAUGCCCCAGUCAGGUACUGGUGUUAGUGUAGAAGCCGUGGACCCUGUUUUCCAAAAAAACAUGAUGGAUAUGCUCAAACAAACUGGUCGACCCGAAAUGGUGGUCGGUUGGUAUCACUCUCACCCUGGUUUUGGUUGCUGGCUUUCUAGUGUGGAUAUCAAUACUCAACAAUCUUUUGAACAAUUGACUCCUCGCGCUGUCGCUGUCGUUGUAGAUCCCAUUCAAUCCGUCAAAGGUAAAGUUGUCAUCGAUGCUUUUCGCUUAAUUAAUCCUUCCACUUUAAUGAUGGGUCAAGAGCCCAGACAAACGACCUCCAACUUAGGUCACAUCAAUAAACCCAGCAUCCAAGCUCUCAUCCACGGUUUGGGAAGGCAUUAUUACUCUCUCCGCAUCAAUUAUAAAAAGACUGAAUUGGAAGAACUUAUGCUUUUGAAUCUUCACAAGCAGCCUUGGGCUCACGGCCUUUUGUUGGACAAUUUUGAUACUUCUGCCAACAAAAAUCAAGCUACUAUGGAACGCAUGAAAUCUCUUUCUGAACAAUAUACAGAGCGUGUUCAGAAUGAAAUUUCCUUGACUCCUGAGCAACUUCGAAUCCAGUAUGUCGGUAAACAAGAUCCCAAAAAGCAUUUGGAUGCCGAAGUCUCCCAGUGUAUCGAUACAAACAUUUCUUCCAUGUUGGCUGGCAUGUUAGAUUCUGUUGUAUUUUAA